AUGAAGAAUAUAUUGAAAAAGGCAAAGGAUGCCUAUAAGAGUCACUUCUUCUUGACACAGGGUGUUCAGCCAUCUGAUGAGGACAAUGCAGAUCAGAUAAUAACAGAUAUCAACCCUAUUGAGGAACCUGGUCCGCAGGGUUUCCUGGCCUUUUGCGAUGAUCCAGACUUGAUAGAACAGCUGAACAAUCCAAACAACAACAAUCCAAACAACAGUCAUAGUAGUAGCAGCAGUGUUAGUACUGCCGCCAGCCACACACAACAUGCCACCACAAACACUGGAUUGACAACAAGUAGCAAGAGCCCAGAGACCACGCCAACAAAGAGAACUGCUUCGACAAAACUCAAACCAGCGAUACAGGGCCUGCUAAACUUGGUGUCAUCAUCAGGACGCAAGGACUCGACUGUGGUCAACACGACGGGCGUCAACAACAAUGACAAGCGCUCGACACAGGCAGCAGCGGGCAACUCACAACAGCAGCCAAACAAGGUGGAGAACUCGGAGAAGAAGGAGGAGGGCGGCGUGGAGCGCGCGCCAGAACGCGAGAUUUUAUAUAUCAAGGGCCUGGAGGACCUGCCCGACGACUGCCUCAAGCUGAUCAAGAUGUCGGGCCUGCCCGAGGAAAAGCUGCGAAACAAUCUGCAGGUGCUGCUGUACGUGCUGCACUUUAGGACGGGCAAGAUAAUCAGGAUCGAGGGCGAGCCGCCCAAGGAGCCGCGCAAGAAGUUCUCGUCGGAACGCUUCAACGACGGCGACACGCUGCUGGCGCCCGUCGAGCAUGCCCAGCUCAAGAAGCUGUACAAGGACCCGGACCAGAUCGGCAAGGGCGGUUUUGGCACGGUGUACUUUGCACGUUCCACCAAGGAGAAGAAGAUGGUGGCGAUCAAGAAGAUGCCGCACGUCACCAAGCGACAGAUCACACAGAACUUCCGCGAGGCAUCCAUUCUGUCCAAGUGCAAUCAUCCCAAUAUCGUCAAGCUGAUCACGUGUCAUCUGGACAAGGAUCAAAACAUGUGGCUGAUCAUGGAGUUUAUGGAGGGUGGCACGUUUGAGGAGGCUGCCAAGGCAUGGAAAUUCAACGAAAACAACCUGGCCUACGUUGCCAAAGAGUUGCUCAAAGGUCUACACUAUCUACACACCAAUGGCAUGGUACAUCGCGACCUCAAGAGUGCAAACAUCAUGAUGUCCGUCGAGGGCAAAGUUAAAUUGAUUGACUUUGGAUUAUGCGAGGAUGUGUCAAGCGGAAGCCCUUGCCACAUGGUUGGCUCACCAUUUUGGAUGGCGCCAGAGAUGAUAUUGGGCAAGCCGCAUAGUACACCGGUGGACAUUUGGAGUUUUGCGAUAUCAUUGCUGGAGAUGGCCAAUCAACGACCUCCAAUGAUGGAGUCAGCCGUCAAGGCCAUGUUCACAGUGGCGACAGAGGGCGCGGCGGGAUUCGAUGAGCCACACAUCUGGUCCGACACAUUCAAGGACUUUUUGGCGCAGUGUCUGAGACCUGAUCCGGAGGAGCGCGCCACCGCCGAUCAGCUGCUGAAACAUCAGUUCAUCCGCAAGGCUGACACCAGAGACAACAUGGAGAACAUCCUCAAGAAGAUCUUCCUCACCAAUUCACUGAUGAACUCUGGAUUCUAA